AAAUUAAUUUUAUUUUUAAUAGCAAUUAUAUUUAUAGUUAAAUGUAAGGCUAGUAGUAAUUUAGUUUCCGAUAUAAAUAACGAUGGGGGCGGAGGAAAUGGGGGAGUCAAUAUUUUUAAUAGUAAUAAUAUGACAAUGAUAUACGAUGAAAAGUUAAGCGAUUCAUUCACAAUUCCGAUUGAAUAUAGUGACAAAGUAUUUACACAAGUUAAAUCCCCAACUCAUUCUGGUAAUUUUAGUAUUGCUUUCACAACAGAUUUUUAUAUAUUCAGUAAAGCCAAUCAAUAUCAAAAUAUUACUUUAAAUAAACAAGUGUUCAAGUGUUUAAAGCUUUGGGUAUAUCCAUCAACACCACAACAAGAUUUAACUAUAUCAUUAAUUAAUGGCGAUAAGGAGGUACAUGCUCUACCAAUUAUCAAUCAAAUUAAUCCAAUUAAUUCAUUUUCGCGUUCUUCAUACCUUCCACCAAAUAAAUGGAGCGAGAUUAGUAUCGAUUUAGAGUACUUUCCAUCCAUUGAUUACAAAGCAAUCUGGUUUCUUCAAAGACAUCCAAACAGUUCAAUUUUUUUAGACGAUAUCGGUCUAAAGAGAGCAGACACCCAAAGAAAUAGAAGAAUACUCUAUAAGGGUGGUAUUCAAGGUUACGGUGUUAUUAUCCACGAGGAUAAAGGAAUUAAGCUCUACCAAAAUGUUAAAACUUAUAAAAAGUCACCAUUUUCAAUUGUUUUUAAUAUGAAAAAAUCAAGAACAUUUUCAAUUGAUUUUCAAAAUAGAUUCGAAGUUAGAAAUGCUACUUUAGAUUUAGUAUUUCAUAUUAAUUUAAAAAAGAAAUUACCAACAAAUGGUGAUAUUAUGGUAUCAUUUAUCCCAAUUCAUCCUUUAGAUUUUACACCAAAAUUCCUUUUAUCUGGUAGUAAAAAGGCCCCAUGUGAAUACGUUACAUUACCAAAUGAUAAAUGGAUCAAAUGUACAGUAAGAGUUCCUCAACAGAUCGAAUUCAGAAAAAUUCAAUUCUCUUUUUCAAAUCCAAAUAUAACAACAAGCUACCAUGUGUUUUUAGAUAAUUUUUAUUUACAACAACCAACUAUUCAAUCAUUGCUUUCAAUUAAUAAUCCCGAUCAAUCAAAUAACCUUUUAGAUUUUUUCCAAAACUCAGCACGUGCAGUCAACAAAGAAAUUAUAUCAGAUACAUUGAUCGCAAGUAAUUUAAAAAGAAAUGAUAAAAUUGAACAAAUUAAAAAAGAUAUAAUCAAUAAAAAAGUAGAGAAGGAAUUAAAAAAUAUUCAAAAUAAUAAUAACAGUAACAGUAACCCAGAAAUUAUAGUAAAUAAAAAAAAUAAUAUAUUAGAGUCAAUAGAAAACAAAAACAAUAGUCAAAUCAAAACUUCAAUUAUAAAUAAACAACAGGUACUAGGACAAACUUAUUUUUCUUUUGAAGGUAUAAACCCAACAUUCGUUACUACCAUUGGUCAAAAACUAGCAUGGGGUCAAGGUUUACCAGAUAUUACAUUUAGAUGUCCUAAUCCCAGAGCUAUUAUAAAGUCUCAAACACUUUAUUAUGGAGAUGAUUUCGAUAAGGAUGAUUUUGUGUCAAUAGUAGGAAAAGACCCAUUAAAAAUUUUAACAUUUGGUGGUGUAAACAGAAACGAGUUUAAAUUUUUAAAUUUAAAUUUCAACUCUCCAUUCAAUGAUUUCUAUUUAUUAGUUUCAAUUGACCAAUAUGAAGAAGUCUGGAUCUCUGCUUCAAAACCAGACGGAACUGUUACAAAUAAUUGGAAGGUUAUCAAGGACGGGUACUUAACAUCAAAAGGUAACUAUUACUCAAGAAAAAGAACUUUAAUUUUUGACCAGGAGGCAUUCCAAUCACCAAGCAAUUUAAAUAAUAAUAAAAAAGAAGUCAAUAAUAAAAAUAGCAAUAAAGUAUCCCCAUCAAUUAUAUCGCCAACACCAUACACACCAUUUUUAAAAGAAGAUAAUCAAAAUAUAAAUGAAGCCAUUUUAGACUCUGUUAAUAAUAAUCUCCCAAUUAAAACAAAGAUUAAGGGUGAUCAAGGGUUUUAUUUAAAAGCAGCAAAAACAUCAGAUAUUAAUCCACCAAUGAACUACAUUAUCUUAAAACAACACGAUUUAAUAUCAGGAAUUUCAUUCUCAAUGGUCUCGGAUCGUACCACUUCAAGUUUCUUCUAUGCACUAUUGGCAAGACCCAACAAUGAAAAC